AAAAAAACUCAGAAAGCCGACGUUAUUUGACCAGGAAACACGCCACGGUCUAACACAACAUCCCCAUAUCUCCCAAAGAACGAACGGGUGUAGGUCUUCAGGAAAACAUCACUGGUGCGAUGGACCAAAAACUCGAUGGCUGGUUUACGGAGCGGUCUCCCAUGUGGCCCGGACAAGCCUUUUCUCUGAAGGUGGAGAAGGUUCUUCAUGAAAAGCAGUCCAAGUACCAACACAUCCAGCUGUUUGAGAGCUCCAACUAUGGGAAAGUGAUGGUGCUAGAUGGUGCCAUCCAGUUUACAGAACGUGACGAGUGCUCGUACCAGGAGAUGAUAACGUUCUUACCCCUUAACUCUCAUCCUUCUCCAAAAAAGGUACUGAUUGUUGGAGGUGGUGACGGGGGUGUUGCACGCGAGGUAGCCAAACACCCAGCAGUUGAGAAAGUGGUUCAGUGUGAAAUAGAUAGUGAGGUAAUAGAAGCUUGCAAAACUUAUGCUCCUUCACUGGGAUGUGGAUUUAGCAACCCAAAACUGACUCUCUACACUGGCGAUGGCGCAGAAUUCCUUGAGAAAACGGACGAAAAGUUUGACGUCAUAAUCACCGAUGCGUCAGAUCCUGUUGUUGCCGACGAUGACCAAGGAAGCUCCACUAAAGAUGGUCCAGCAGUGUCACUCUUCAAUGAGGCUUAUUAUGCGAAGAUGAAGGACAAACUGGCCGACGGAGGAAUACUCUCAUGCCAGUGUGAGUCCAUGUGGCUGCACACAGCCCUUAUUACUUCCUUGAUCAAGACCUGCCGGACGAUCUACCCGGUGGUCGAAUACGCUUAUACUUGCACGCCGUCAUAUCCCUCAGGCCAGAUUGGCUUUCUCCUCUGCAGUAAAAAUGAGAACACAAAUUUCAGGGAGCCGGUAACAGUUUGGGAUCUGGAAGCCGCAGAGAAAAUGAACUUGAAAUAUUACAAUUCCGACAUCCACCGCGCUUCCUUCAUCAUGCCAACUUUCAUGAGGCGCGAACUGGAUAACGUUAAAUAGAUGCCGGCUUGUUCGUCCUGUUGUAUUUGAGCAUAAAUGAAGAUCAGCCUUUCUCAUUAC